CCCUUCCCUUCCCUUCCCUUCCAAUCCUAUCGCGGCCAUUAAAAGCCUGCCCGCUCCGCUCGUCUGGAACCGUCUCCUCCCACCUCUCCGCCUUCGCUACGCAACUCCAACCCACGCUUUCCAGUUGUGAGCCGCGACAGAGAGGCGGGCGGAGGUACGGUCGAGAUGGCGGCGGAGCAGGAGAAGAAGCAGGAGAAGAAGGAGGCGGAGGAGGAGGAGCUGGUGCUGGAGGACGGCGGCAUCGAGAGCCCGCGCCGCAGCUUCGAGGACGGCGACGACUACGAGGAGGGCAGCGACGGAGGGGACGAUGACGAUGACGGGGAGCGGGACGGCGACGGGGUCGGUUCGCCGCGCUCCUUCCAGUCCCGCCCGUGGCCGCAGAGCUACAGGGAAACAACUGAUACCUACACGAUUGCUGCAUCCCCGAGCUUCGGUUACUUGGGCCCGUCUACAAGCAAAUACUCCCUCCUCGAUCUUGGUCGUAGCGGUCUGGGCUCUGACCUGAAGUUGCCUUUAGUAUCCGACAAUGCUGAUGGAAAGCAAGACUUUGUCAAGACCUUGCCUAAAACACUUGGUUCAAUAAGAGAUGAGAGAGUCUCAUUUCAUUUGCAACACACUGGAGAAGUCUACAUUAGUCAAGGGUGCAAUGUGACACAAACAGUCUUCAAUGGGAUUAAUGUACUUGCUGGUGUUGGCCUUCUUUCCACUCCGUUUACAAUUCACGAAGCUGGAUGGACAGGCCUUGCAGUUCUAGUAUGUUUUGCAACUGUUUGCUGUUAUACUGGAAUUCUUCUGAAACAUUGUUUUGAGAGCAAAGAUGGUAUUUCAAGUUAUCCAGACAUCGGAGAGGCUGCAUUUGGAAGAAUUGGUCGCCUGUUCAUAUCUAUUAUUUUGUAUACCGAGCUAUACUCAUAUUGUGUGGAAUUCAUUAUUCUGGAGGGUGAUAACCUCACAUCAAUUUUUCCUAAAGCUAGUUUUGAUUGGCUUGGGUUUCAUGUCGACGGGAAGCAUUUUUUCGGAGUGUUAACUGCUAUUUUGGUCUUACCAACAGUAUGGCUGCGAGAUCUUCGAGUGCUAUCGUACCUUUCAGCGGGUGGUGUGAUUGCAACUCUUUUGGUAUUCGUGUCUGUUGGUUUAGUCGGUGUAACUGAUAAUAUAGGAUUCCAUUCGACGGGGAAGGUAGUAAACUGGACCGGCAUGCCCUUUGCUAUUGGUGUUUAUGGAUUUUGCUACUCUGGGCAUUCAGUGUUUCCAAAUAUCUACCAAUCGAUGUCUGAUCGCUCUAAGUUCCCUAAGGCACUGUUUAUAUGUUUUGCAAUUUGCACAGCAAUAUACGGCUCUUUUGCUAUCAUUGGCUUUCUCAUGUUUGGGGAGAAUACUUUGUCACAAAUCACUUUAAAUCUUCCAGAGCAUUCGGUUGCCUCAAAAGUUGCCCUAUGGACAACGGUGAUCAACCCUUUCACCAAAUAUGCCUUGUUGUUAAACCCAAUAGCUCGAGGUUUAGAAGAGUUGCGUCCUGAAGGUUUUAUGAAUGAAACGUCCUGUUCUAUUAUACUGAGGACUGCACUUGUUGCAUCAACUGUAUGCAUUGCCUUUCUUAUGCCAUUCUUUGGUCUUGUGAUGGCUCUCAUUGGAUCACUUCUCAGUAUACUUGUGGCAGUCAUAAUGCCGGCCCUGUGCUUCCUGAAGAUCGUACAGAACAAAGCGACUCGUUCACAGGUAAUCGCAAGCGUUGGCAUCAUAAUAUUGGGCAUUAUCAGUGCUAUCGUGGGGACGUACUCCUCCAUAGAAAGGAUUGCAGAAAACUACUAAGCUCUACUACUAAUCUUGAGCAGCGGCAACCCAAUACGUGCAGAUCAUUACCUGACUCCGCUUGUGGGACCUGAAAAUGGUCAGAUAUGUUGCGUACGAUCAAAAUUUUUGCUAGAAUUUCUGAGGUUUCUGUAGAUUAUUAUUCGGACCACAAUAUAUAUUCGACUAAAAACUGUGUCGUCACUUGCAAUAAUGUAACCAUGUGCCUUUUCUAGCUGCUUCUCUAUCAUUUCGCUGUA